AUGAGCAACGUUAUCAGGAAGGUUUUCAACACUGACAAGAACGAGGCUACCACCUUCUCGAAUGAGGCUAGCAACAACGCCAGCGGUACCCUCAACAACACCAGCAACAACGCUACCCACAAUGCCACUGGUGUUACCGGUACCUCGGGUCCCACUGGUACUAAUGGCACUGGUUCCACCAGCGACUACACUCCAUUGAGCGCCUGGUCGGUGCAGAACGGUGGUCAGACCAGCGUUGGUGCCAGCAGCACCGCCUCGGCUGCUGCUCAGGCUGCCGCUGCUGCUGACUCGACCCACGCUGCCCCCUCGUCGCAGCAGUCAACCGUUCCUCAGUCGCAGUCGAUUGACUCGGCUAACCGCACUGGUCUCACCCAGACCACUAGCGUCAACUCGGGUGUGAACGUCGCCGCCGGCAACGUCGACCAGGACGUGCAGCACCUUGCUCCGGUCACCCGUCACAUCCACCACCGCCACGAGGUUGAGGAGCUCAUCCGCGAGCGUGAGCACCACAUCCACCAGCACCACAUUCAGCACCACGUGCAGCCGGUUCUGGACUCGGAGCACCUUGCUGAGCAGAUCCACAGCCGUGUUGUGCCGGUGACCACCGUGCGUGAGGUGCACGCCAACACCGACAAGGAUGCCGCUCUCAUGCGCGCUGUUGCUGGCAACCCGAAGGACACCUUCACCCAGGCUGCCAUUGACCGCAGCGUCAUUGACAAGGGUGAGACUGUCCGUGAAAUUGUUCACCACCACAUCCACAACAUCGUGCAGCCGAUCAUCGAGAAGGAGACUCACGAGUACCACCGCAUUCGCACGACCAUCCCGACCACCCACAUCACCCACGAGGCUCCGAUCGUGCACGAGUCGACUGCCCACCAGCCGAUUCGCAAAGAGGACUUUCUGAAGGGCGGCGGUGUGCUCACCAGCACCACCCGCACCAUUGAGGAGGCCGGUCUCCUGAACCUGGGCAACAACCAGCGCACUGUGGAGGGUGAGACCUACACUGGUGGUAUGCCCCUGGGCCAGUAA